AGCUAUCAGGGAAGCUGUGCUUUGAGGAGGAACCAUAAGGGAGCAUAAGGAGUAUUUACCAUGGAUAUACUGCAGCCCUACCUACUGCUCAUUCUGUGGGCUCUCAACGUAGCCUCAGCUUCCUUGUUGAACAAACAUGUGGAGCACAGGAACCCGUUUGCACUGAGAGCCUGCUGCAAGAGACAGAGCCACUUUGUCUACAUCGGCCAAGACAUCUCUGGUAGUCCUGUGAGUGUGGAUGUGGGGAUGUGCAGGACGCAUUGUGGGGGAGAACAAAGCAGGACAUCACAUGAGGCUGGACUACAGCAGGGCUAUUCCAAACAUUCCUCCAUGUUGGAAUACCUCAGGAGCAAAAAAGUAAGGGUCCGCAAACCUACCACUCCAAUCAGUGCCAAGGGAUCUGGUCAGGUUACGUCCUGCGGGGUGAACCACAACUGUGAGCCGACCGGGAUGAGGGUGGACCAGAUGCUGCUGUUCAAGGGUCCCCGGGAGGUGGAGGUCAUAGAGGAAUGCCACUGUGAAAACAAACUGACCCAAUGUGUCCGGGUUCCGGCGCUCAAAACCUACUUCUUUAAGACCCCAUACGAGACUGUCAUCGAUGUGGGAAGCUGUUCGGGUUCGAAAGGUUCUCCAGAUGGGUUCUCCUGCGUGCCAACUAAAUUUGACUCGGCCUUGGUGGAGACCCCUAACAAGGUAGACCUGGUCCAGACGGUGGAGGUCUGUGAGCUGAGUAAGAGCUGCUAUAGAGUUCCCUACAUGGAGUACUACUAUGAAAUAGUCUAUGAUGCUAACGGAGUCAAAGAGGAGAAACUCAAGGAAAUAGAUGUGGGCAGAUGUUUAGGAGGCUGCACCCCAGGAAACCGCUGUCUUCUCAGGAGCCACUCUGAUUCCGAAGUGUGCUAUCUGUGGGCAGAGAGACCCACCAACUCUUGUGUCCCUCGGGACUACGACAGCCACAUGUCCCUCAACCAGCAUGGCCAGAUCCGUACAGUUCUUUCCAUCUCCUCUUGUUUCUGUCAGUUCUGAACCAGUCCUCAGUAUGAUGCCCUCUAGUGGAGCAGAAACACACUGAUAUCCCCUGAGAACAAGAGGCUUCUGCCCUGUCAGGUCCAGAAACAACCCCUAUAGUCUCUAACCCUUAGCAAGUAAUGUAGAUCUCAAAUACUUUGAUAGGUAAAAGCAAUGAAUGAUUAUAAUGUCACUUGCCAAUCCACUUGUCUAUCUAAAUGCAGCAUUGAAGUGCCACAUAAAGUGCCGAAGGAUUAGGGGCUAGGGAUUAUUUUUGUGUGGGGGCAACUCUUCCUUGGUUUAGACUGCAGUCCAAUACAAUUAGUUUCUCCACAGUGUAGAGCUAAUGAUCUCAUUGCAACAA